AUGCCGGGUUGUCCUCAUGAUGAUGAAUAUUCAUCAAAACCACCACCUGGUUUUACUGAUGAUAAUUUAACGUUAAAACGUGUACAAUUAAAUGAUUUAUUAGAACAAGUUAUUGAUAAAUAUCGACAUGAUCCACAAUUUAUUGAACAACAAUCAAAAGAAACAGAUUUAUUAAUUUCUGUUGCACAAUUUAUACUUCUAUCAUCACCAAUUUCAUCUGAUGAUAAACGAAAUUUUCUUAAUAAUAUUGUCAAAAUUGGACAAGAUUUAUUAAUAGAUGAAAAUCAAGUUAAUAAUAAUGAACAAAUCUCUUCAUCAAUCAAUUCUAAUUCUCAAUUGAAUGACGAUAAAGAUAUACCGAUAGCUACUCUUUCAUUAAAUACAAUAAAAAAUGAUACUGAUGGUGAUUUUUCACUCGAUGAUCUUGCUAAUGAAUUUCUUCAAAAUGAAUCAUCACCUUCAUCUGUAAAUGAAAAGUCAAUAACAUCAAUUGAAUUUGAAGAACAUGAUUUAACUCUUGAUAAUCUUAGUAAAGAUUAUACUUCAUCUUCACCAUCGAAUGAAUCUAUUCUGAUCAAAUCUCCACUUGAAUCUAUACUUUUUUCUAAUCGUUUAUCAUCACAAGAUGCUGCAGAUGAUGCUGCUUGUAUUUGGAAAGAAGAAUCAAGUUCAUUUGGUCAAAUAUUUUGUGGAAAAACAACUGAAAGUCAACCAUUAGUAUCAAAACGAAUUUCAACAUGUUUAUUUGAUCGUAGUUUAUAUGAACGUGUAACACAUCUUAUUAAUCUUUUACCUAAACAAUGUAUUCGUAAUGCUGUUCAACAAUUAUCUAUUCGACAAAAUGGACAACAACAACAUCGACCACCACGUACAAAUAAUAAUAAUCGACGUCCACCACAACAUCGACCAACAUUUCAACAAAAUUCAUCACAAGUACAUUCUCUUCAAUAUUUUCCAACUGCACAAAAUUCUCGUCAAUAUUCAAAUCAACAAGGAAAUCCAGGUGGAUAUUUUGUCGAUCGAAGACCACAACAACAAAAUAGAUAUCCUCAUCCUCCUCCUCCAUCAUCUUCCGCACAAUAUACCGGUAAUCAACCACAACAACAACAACAAUCAAGACAUGGACCUAAAAAUAAUUCUUAUGGUAAUGGAUAUCAAUCACAAACAAAUAAUCAACAAGCAUCAAAUGAUUAUUAUCAUCAACGAGGUACAAAAAAACCUUCCGGUGGUGGUGGUAGUGGUGGCAGUAGUAACAAAUUGAGCAAUGAGAAAUCAGGUGCACCUGGAUCCGGUCCAAGUUUAAAACCCAAAUAG